GGUAAGGCGCAACCGGACUCCUCCACUCAAUCAAACUCUUCACAGCAAUCAUCUCAGAAUUCGAAUUCUGAUUCAACCGGUCAGAAUAAUAAUCCAUCGGACACAGGCAACAAUCCGGGUCCCACGGAUAAUAACAGCGGCAGCAAUCAACCCACUCCGAAUCCAGUUAUCAUAACGACAAAUAACGGUGGUGGCGCCAUCACCAUCACUUCUUACUCCACUUCCUACACAUACCAGAAUGUUCCUACAUCGUCGUCUAGCAACAAUGCGCAGUCGAUUGGAGAUAAUAGUGGAAGUAGCGAGUCUAGCACGAACGUUGUCACUGCUGCUAUAGUGGUGGGUGCCGUCGUUGUCGCGGCCGCAAUCGGAAUAUGGAUAUUUAGGAAAUGGAAACUUACG